AGAAUUAUAUAUAUGAUUGUUAAUAUAUUGAUUGAUAUUGACAUAUAUACAUGCUGUAUCAACAUAGAUUGAUAUAGUUUGUGUGUGAUAUUGUAAUAAAGGGGUGGGAUUACAUUAUCAUUUAAUGUCUUCCCACUCCUUUUUGGAUGUGUUUAUAUUUCAUGUUAAUUUGCUUCAUGCAUUUGGUGGUUGCAUUGUACUUUUUAUAUGUUCACAUUUUUGCAAAUUUUAAUCCUGUGAGAUGUUUGGUUAACCAUUAGCUGUUAGGUAACAGUGGGAGUGCACACUGAUCGGAUGCUGUGCUGAGGGAGGGGUCUCCUGUAUAAAAGUCUAUGAGGUCAUUGACUCUAAUCCGUACAGUUUGGUCACAAUGGCGAUGCUGGGGAUUUUGGUAGCUGUGGCUGUGUUUCUGGAGGCGGUUUCUGCAGCCUCUCUGGGUGUGGUGUACACAGAAGGAGGCAUGGUGGAGGGGGAGAACAUCCGCCUGGGUUUCCGUCGUCACAUGGACGUCUUCAGGGGGAUUCCUUUCGCUGAUAUUCCCGGACGGUUCGAGAAACCAAAGCGUCACCCAGGCUGGGAUGGAGUCCUGAAGGCCACUGAGUACAGGCCUAGAUGCCUCCAGGUGACCCUUACGAUGACUGAUACCAGAGGCAGUGAGGACUGUCUUUACCUGAAUGUCUGGGUUCCUCACGGCCGCGAUGUGUCCACUGGUCUGCCCGUCAUGGUCUGGAUCUAUGGUGGAGGCUUCUUGGCCGGGGGCUCGAUGGGGGCCAACUUCCUGGACAACUAUCUGUACAGCGGGCAGGAGAUCGCAGACAGAGGAAAUGUUAUUGUGGUGACUCUGGGAUACCGAGUGGGAACUCUGGGAUUCCUGAGCACUGGAGACUCUGAAAUGCCUGGAAAUUUUGGUCUUUGGGAUCAGCAUUUCGCCAUCGCCUGGGUGCACAGAAACAUCCGCUCAUUCGGAGGAGACCCUGAUAACAUCACCAUCUUUGGAGAGUCUGCAGGUGGCGCUAGUGUCAGCUUCCAGACUCUCACUCCCCACAACAAAGGCCUGUUCAAGAGAGCCAUCUCCCAGAGCGGUGUCGCCCUCUGCCCCUGGGGCAUCAACAAAAACCCUCGCAAAUUCGCUGAGGAGAUUGCUCUGAAGGUGAACUGCCCCACUGACCACAACAUGGCCGCCUGUUUGAAGAUGACCGACCCGGCGCUCCUCACAUUGGCUGGAAAACUCAGUUUGACCAGUUCUCCCGAUCAUCCCCUCGUCACCAACCUGCUGCUCUCUCCUGUGAUCGACGGCGACUUCGUGCCAGAUGAACCUUCCAAAUUAUUCCACAAUGCGGCUGAAAUCGACUACAUUGCUGGAGCCAACGACAUGGAUGGACAUGUCUUCACUGGUUUGGACGUUCCCUCCAUCAACUCCCCUCUGAUGGACACUGCUAUUGAUGAUGUGAAGAGGCUUUUGGGUUCUUACACAAAAGAGAAAGGCAAGGCCGGAAUGGAGGAAGGCUACUCCGUCUAUACUUCAACCUGGGGUGCAAAUCCCAAACAGGAAGUCAUUAAGAAAACCAUUGUGGAGAUCGGAACAGACUACAUCUUCAUGGUUCCUACACAGGCUGCACUUUAUCUUCAUGCUGCCAAUGCCACAACUGGUCGUACAUACUCCUACCUCUUCUCUGAACCCAACCGUAUGGGUGGUAUCGGCAGGCCGUAUCCCAGCUGGAUGGGUGCCGAUCACGCCGACGACCUGCAGUAUGUGUUUGGAAAGCCUUUCACCACGCCGCUGGGAUACUGGCCUCGCCACCGUGACCUGGCCAGAUACAUGAUUGCCUACUGGACCAACUUUGCCAAAACUGGAGACCCCAACAAAGGAGACCUGAGUGUCCCUGCUACCUGGCCCAGAUUCACCAGCACAGGACACCAGUACCUGGAGAUCCACCAUGACAUGAACAAAAACUACGUCAAACAGAAAUUGAGGCUUCGUUAUGUUCAUUUCUGGGCCAGCAUCUUCCCCAGCCUUCCUGCAAUUGUCUCAGAAUAAAAAAAAAAAAACCCUGGAUCGUCUGAAUACCUGCAAUCUGAACCAAAACUGCAAGAG